GGCAGACAGUGGUGGCCAAGGCACCGUGUAAGCGCGUGUAAUCGCCAUAUUGGCCGAACUCCGGACGAUAGCACCUCGCGGGUCGUGGAGCUUUAAAGCUUCCGCGGUUGCUGCUCUUCCGACCAUUGCCCGCGUCGGUACGGUCAUAAUAACGGGGGAAGCACAUAAAGUGGAGCGAGGGCGAGCGGUUCCUGUGCGGAAAAAGAGGCGGCGAGGAAAGGACACGCGAUAAUACCGGAUACGCCUUCGAACGCCGCAUCGAACAGCGAAAAAGAGCUAGAGAGAGAGAGAGAGAGAGAGAGAGAGAGAAAAGGAGAGAGAAAGAUAAGGAUAAGAUAUAACACGCGGCAUAGCAGUGACAAGUGUUAUACGGAUACGCGUGACAUAAACCAAGGCAAGGGAGAAUCGCAGCGAUCAAUCGCGGCGGUGCAUUCAAAUAUCAAUAUCGAUCUUCCUAUAUUCUGAGUAUAUAUCUCUCUCAGAUCUGUAUCCUUCAAAGAUUACUUUCGUCAAUUUCGUCCGCAAACUUCCGCGUCGGAUUCUGCGUCGCUUCCAUUGUAUCACAUUUCUCGGUUCUCACUUCCGACGAGAUUUCUACAAAAUAACGUGUGCUCCGAAAACGGCACGGACUGCAUCUCGUUUGAAAUCAUGCAAGGAAAGAUCGGCGACUUCCAAUAUAAUUAUCAAUAAAUUCAAAUCUCUUCCUGAAACUAAUCUUCCUAAGAAGUUUUUCCAUCCAACCGAUUUCGCGGAGGCAAGGAUUAACGCUCGAUCGGAAGUCUUCCGACAGGAUACCAAGCGGUCAAUCGACGAGAAGCUGGCACGAAGAUAGCCUUCAGCAGUCUACCUUGCCGGCGUGACAGUGCGCGAGUUCGUCUCUCCCUCUGGUCUCCACUGCUGCCAAUCAAUAACCGGCGUAUCGGUUCGCUUACGCUCCUUUUUCUCUCUCUCUCUCUCUCUCUCUCUCUCGCUCUCUCUCUCUCUCUCUCCGUCUCUCUGCCUCAUCUGUCUUCCCACUAUCUCACGCUCUUACUUUCAACGCUCCUCUCUUUCUGCUUAAUCAAACACGCUAACAUUCUCCGAUUCCUUUCAUCAUCUUCCCUUUUCUCCCUACCUUUUUCUUUUCCCUGUCUACCUCUCUCUCUCUCUCUCUCUUCCCUGCGUCUUCUUCCGCACUCUCGUGUGCGGGAUACGCGGGACGGGCACCUGUCAACGCGAUCAACAGCAUCAGGAACAUAAGCAGACACAGCGGUAGCGUCAGCAGCGGUCCGUGCCAGCGACAGCAGCGCAGGCAUUUAAACCUGGUCGUGCCAGCGUCUCGCGCAACAUCUUUAACAGGCGCGAGUAUCUAUUUAUAAUUCCGUCAAACGCAACGGGGAACGAAAACUGCAGCAUCGUGUACGGCUACCUAGGUCAGCCGCGAAGAAGAGAGAUGCCGACGUGAAGUUGGCGUUAAUCCGAGAGCGUGGCACGGCGCGACAUAGCCGCUCUUUUAAAACUGUGUAAUUGAAGGAUGUGAUGAGUCGAUCGCGUGCGACGUCCUCACUGUCAUCAACGUCGUCGUCGCCCUAAAGUUCAAGGAUUUGGGUCUCGGUUUGGGUUGGUUGACCGAAUUUUUCGAGUCCACGAUACGCAACCGCGUAUUUCAAUGAAACGCGACGAAUUCGUUCGAUCGUAUCGCAUUCAUCCUUGAGAGCAAACGCCAUCGGUAGCGAAGGAUCUCCACUUCCUGUUCCUUUCAAUAGCGGGUCUCGCAUCCGCGCACUCUCGCCUCUCUCUUUCUCUCUCUCUCUCUCUCUCUCUCUCUCUCUUCCCCUUUCUCUCCUACCUUUCCGACUCGGCCGACCGACCAGUCGAUCCGCGCGCGCGGCUGUCCCGUUAAGAGAGAAGGGUGGAGGGUGCCGCGAGAGGGUGACGGUGGUGGAGUGGUAUCGUGGCGCGGGUGGUAUUAACGAAGAGGAUUGUCGAGAGAAAAACGACGGACGAUCGGCAGCAGCGGAAAGUGGAAGACGGUGGGAAAUGGAUGAAAUAUCAUGCGCGACAUCGACAUCGACGUAACCCUCCGCUUGUUGGGGUCCGCCGUUGUUCAGUGUCGUCGCGCGACGUCGCCAUCAUCGUCGGCGUAGUAACGCCUCGCCCGAUCUCGAGGCGAGGAAACCGUUUCCUGCGGCUGAUCGUUUGGUAGUGCGCGUACCUAUGUGUCCGUCCGCGAGUCCGUGAAGGGUUCGUACGCUGGGCUGUUACGCGGUUUCGGCUGAGGGGCACUGGUGCGCGCUGGGAGCAUGCGGGUUUCGGGCGAGGCCCGGCGAGGCGGCUCCGCGGGAGGACCGGGCUAAAGGAACGACCGCAUAUCGGAAGGGACACUCGCGAACGCGGGCACGGUGCGCCCGCGGCCGUGCCCGCACCCGCACCCCCGCGUCUCGUCUCGGCGCCGCGCCGCGCCGAUUAGGUUCAUCCUGAAGACGCGGAAAGCGAGCGCAGCUCGCUUUCGAACGCAUGGAACAUGAUAGAGAUGUCGAGUGGACUUGGUGCAACCGCAAUGGGAAUCGGCGUUAGUCACGGGACGGGCGGCGAAGGUGUAGCUGGUGGUUGCCGCCUCCGUGCACAGAAUCAAGGCCAGGCCUCGGGGUCCACGAUGCAGCAUAAUCCGCAACAAUCGUCUCAGCAGCAGCAGCAGCAGCAGCAACAGCAGCAGCAGCAGCAGUCGCAGCAACAGCAGCAACAGACAUCCGCGUCGCAGCAGCAGUCGCAGCAACAGCAACGUCAGGCGGCCGGAUUCACGGGUCGAUCGAAGAAGGACAACUGUUGCCUAUGCUGGUGCUGUUGCUGCAGUUGCUCGUGUAGGAAUAAAUGUUUGGCGGCAGUCGGCGGUAAUUCGACGGGUACCGGCGGUGCGGGCGAUCAGGGCAAGAAAAAGGGCAACGCCGGUGUCGGCGGCGAGCAUGGCAGUGGAAUCAGCGUCACCGACUUCGCGGGUGCGGGUAACGGUCUCGAUGGACUCGACGGCCUCGACGGCGCUCUGGAGCGCUGCAGCUUGGAGGAGGUUCGGGCCUGGGGCUCGUCCUUCGACAAACUGAUGAGGAGCGCCGCCGGCCGCAAGCUCUUCAGAGAGUUCCUCGUGAGCGAGUACAGCGAGGAGAACAUUGCCUUCUGGCUUGCCUGCGAGCAACUCAAGAGGGAGAGCAAUCCCGAGACGAUCGAGGAGAAGGCGCGCUACAUUUACGACGAUUACAUAUCCAUACUUUCGCCAAAGGAAGUGAGUUUAGACUCGCGGGUGCGAGAAAUUGUGAAUCGCAACAUGGUGGAGCCUACACCGCAUACCUUCGACGAGGCACAACUGCAAAUCUAUACCCUCAUGCACCGGGACUCGUAUCCGCGUUUUGUCAACAGCGAGAUUUACCGGAGGGUGGCCAGAAUGACUAGCAGCAGCCCGCCUAGCCCGAGCAGCGGGCAGGAGCACAGUGGGAAGACGAAGAGCAAGCGAGGAGCGACGUAAUCGUGAUCGUGAUGGUCCAGAGACUGUCGAGAGCGCGGACCAAGACCUCUAAAAUCAAGCAUCUUCAUCAAAGCCACGAUCGGCCGAACCGUUCGGCAAGGGUUCGCAACACCCUCCUCCUCGGUCGGGAAGCCUCCGUCGAGGCGAGGAAUCGCCCGAGCGGACGAAUGGCUGACGAAGCUAAUCCCUCGCAGGAGGGUAUCUCCAUCCUCACGGGUGGACGACGAGCUUUCUGGUCGCGUCAGAUUGCUCGCACGGAAGCCGGGGGCUUGUUCAGUGAUUCGCUCUUCCACGCGAAGGCGCAACGGGGCCAUGUAAUCGCGCUCGCCAUUGCAUGCGAGCCAUUACGACACCGAUGAUGAUGAUGAUGAUAAUGAUGAUGAUGAUGAUGAUGGACCGAACGUACGACGAGAUCGCGAUCGCGGUUGAUCGCGUAGAUCACAAAUCGCAACGUUCCACUUUCAGGAUUUCUGUACAGAGCGCAUGCACGCGGGACGGUGGAUCGUAUAGCAGGAGAAAGGGUCACGCGAUCGCACGGGGAUGACGAGCACCAACGCGAACACCAUCGAUCCUCCCGUGUCCAUCGAUCUUCGAGCCUCGCAAUCUACCCUCGUUGUAGUUGUAACUCAAAAGCUCGAAUAGAAGAUCGACUCGGGCUCGCGAGCUUCCCCUUUCUCUUUCGCUCUUCUCGGCUUAAAAGCGAAUUCGAUUUGAAUCACAUACCUUAUGUCUUUCACAAGCCAUUACAAAAUAGUCGGAGUAUCCUCUUCUAUUUCUUAGCAAAUAUCGACGAAAGUUAGAGACACAUUCUGGAUAUUUUUUUAAAUUAAAUUCACGCAUGUUAAACGUGAACGAUUCUAACUCAAUUUGCCAGAGGCCAAGCAGACUGAAAGAGGUAGACUAUCUGAUUUAAAUCUGAUACGUUCGACGAAACGAGAUGCUCACAACAUAAUACAUAACUAUAAUUAUCUGACACGUUUGCUGUUGAAGAGAUGAUGAUAAUCGCCACACAUAUUUCUAGUCACAUGUAUUCAACCGAAAUUCCGCGAACAUGCGUUUUCCCGCGGAUGAACAAGCUCUACAAGCUCGCGAAUUGAACUUUUGCGGAAUAAUGAAUACUAAUCCCUCUCUCAGGACGCAAUUGAUCCCGGACGCAUUUUAUCGCGAUUGUGUCUCCUGUGAUUUUAAGAUUAACGCGCGUAGCAAAAGAAGAGAAUGUCUUCGUGAAAAUAGGUUUAAUCUGCUCAAGAUCGAACUUACCGUUUGCUCUCUUUCUCUUCCUUCUUCUCUCUUUCUCUUUUUCUCUCCUCUCUCUCUCUCUCUCUCUCUCUCUCUCUCUUUCUCUAUUUCUCUCUCGUUUCCGCGACAUUUACCUUCCAUGGAUGGGGGAGAAUCGAGUUAACAUCGUCACACAGCCCGUAACUUCAGGGUAACGUAUCGUAAUGCAUUUUUUAUCGCGCGCACUUUUCUAUAAUCACCAGUAGUCCGCGAGUUUUCCUCCUCGGGGAAGGACGAAGUCGCGAAAUCGUACUUAUAUCCAGGAAAAUGAGGAGAGUAUCGAGAAAGGGAAAGGGAGAGAAAAAGAGAGUAUCUGUAUCAAGAAACAUCGUUAAGGAUACCUUGAUUCGUUCGCUUUCGUCACACUUUUACGGGUUACCCGAUGGACAGGGGUUUUCGCCACUUCUGGUACGUCAUCCCCAUGGCGGAUAUUGAGCUACUGCCAGCGAGAAUACACCAAAGAUCGAACGUGCGCUGAAGCCAACUAAUCUGACGAUCACCAAAGGGAAGAAUAACACUCAAUCGACAUACAUCCCAUGCAUAUGCACACACGAUUACAUACAUGCGCACGUACAGAUAUAUAUAUAUAUACAUGUACAAAGACACGCUUACACAUACCCACGCUGACGCAAAGCGCAUACGCUCGUGUAGAAUCUAGUCAUCGUCACGCGAAAACGCGCGACCGUGGAAGAAAAAGGCCUAAACACGAGAAAAAAAAAUACCAAGUGUAUCCUUCAAAUUCGCGCGAAAAGUCGAGGCUGUCGCAUCGAAAUUAAACUGUCAUCGUUAAUGAAAGCAAUGAAAGAGGAGGAACGCGGGAGGAGAGAGAG